UUGCGAUGUCUCACUGCCUUGCUCUGAUCGGCGUUGACUAGCUCGCUUCUCGCUUAGCUUAGAUUUUGUGAAGCACGUAAACUUGGCAACAACGCAAGUUACGUUUAGAUUCGCCUAUGCAUGGAUUUGCCUAACUGGUGCGGUUGCCAAAUCUCGUACCACGCACGCACAAGAGUAUUACUCGGAAUUGUUGGCAUGUGAAAUCCACCACAAAAAACUUUUUUCAUUUUGGCCUUUGUGUAUGUACGUACCUCCGGAGUGAUUUUUGGAAGUAUCGGAGCAGUACAUAUCAUACGACUUCGUUAAAUUCUAUGGUUCUCGGACCUGUGUCAUCUGUGCAAGCCUUUUUGCAAAAUAAAAAUCUUAGGUUGACAAGACAUAUUGAUUAAUAUGUGAGGUUUCAACUACUUGUGGAAGAAAUGUUGAUAUAAUAUGCUAGGAGUCCUGAUACAAUAACAGAGUGUCACAUUUUGGACUUUGAACCAAGGGAGUCAAGAAGUUGAAGAUCCAGCUGAAAGACCAUGGUACUUAUAAAUUUAUAAGUAAGAAAUAACUUGAUCUCACGAUUGUUUCAAAGGCAAUCAUUAUGAAUUGACUCUAUUAAGCAACUAACGACCUUUGCCUUGGCUUUGGGCAUGAGAAGAACUCAAUACGAGCUCAUUUCUUUCUCGACAGAGACAGUCUAGCACAAUGAUCAUGAAGUUCUUCUAUGUGGUGGACUGCUGUAUAGUUAGGAUAAUUUUCAUCGCUUGGUGAUAGACCAGAAUAUAUGCAUUAUUUCUAAGGACAUCUUCAAUUGAAACUGCUAUCAAUUACGCAAUUAAUUUACACACAAGAUGAACAAGGUGGCUCAAUAACGGAGUAAGCGCUCGAUUAACGAUAGGAUGUACACAAAAAGGCACAAAAGAAGACUCGUACAAAAUAGAACUGAGAAGAAUAUGGAAGUAAUAAAGAAAUUCAUCAAGAAAUGUGUUGAUAAUAGAAAUGAUUAUAGCAAUGUAGCUGAUACUCAGUCAUCAACUACGCAGAUACAAGAAAAAACUGAUGAAGUUUACUUGAUUAGCAACGAAAUCAUUGACCCUAUCAAGAAUAGUAAUGAAACUCUAACUAGCAAUUUUCAUACGAAGAUACUCGGCUGUGAAACCAUUGCUGACAAAUUUACAAAUGAUGAAUGGUACGACUGUAUCGACGAAGAUAUAAUAAUGAAAGACACUGAAUUUGAAUACCGGUAUAGCGAUUGUGAGGAUAGCGGGUACAGCGAUUGCGAAUCGAGUGAUGUUUGUGAGGCCGACGAUCCUAGUAGUUCAGUUAAUUAUAAAUUUAAUGUCACGAAUACUUUAUCUGAUAAUAAUUCAAAGAGCGAAAAUAUCGGUAAUGUGUCUGAUCAAUUAAAAACUCUACUUCCUGAAUGGGUCAUUGACAAUAAUAUAACACAAACAGCUUUCACAGACCUUUUGCACCGACUGCGUCGAGAUGUUCCUUCACUGAAAUUACCAUUAGAUUCAAGAACUUUACUUAAAACUCCUGAACAUACAGAAAUUUACAAAAUAAAUGGAGGCGAAUACUGCCAUUUUGGAUUAUCUUCAUGUUUAGAAAAAAUUGCACUAGAUAGAAGAUUAUUAAAGAUUGAACAAAAAACCAUAGAUCUAUUAAUCAACGUCGACGGAGCUCCAAUGGGAAAAAGUACUGCAAAAACGUUAUGGCCUAUAUUGUGCUCGGAUAAGCUAGGAAAAAAUGUUUAUAUUGUAGGCAUCUUUAAUGGAUGUUCCAAACCUGAAGAUUCUGAUGAAUUCUUGAAAUUUUUUAUAGAAGAAGCGAAGAAUUUUGUUAAUAAUGGUAUCACCAUAUUGAAAACGCAUUAUAAUGUAAUCAUUGAUGGCAUAAUUUGCGACGCCCCCGCAAAAGCCUAUAUAUUGGGAGUGAAAUGCCAUUCAGGCUAUUCUAGUUGCACGAAAUGUGAAAUUGUUGGUCAAAUGAAGAAAUGCGUUUGUUUUCCAGGAGGGAUUUCGACUUUAAGAGAAGAUGCCAAAUUCAAUGAGUUUGCCUAUUCCGAUGAAGACAAAAAAAAAAUUAUCAAUUAAAAAAAUCAAGUUUAUCAAAAAUACCUAAACUAGGUCUAGUAUCUCAAGUCCCUUUGGACCCGAUGGACUUGGUAUUUUUGGGUGUCUGUCGCAAAUUAUUUUUGAUUUGGUUGUUCGCGCGACUUUCUUGUAAACUUCCAGCAUAUGUAAUUAAUCGCAUUUCUGCUGCAAUGAUCACAUUAGCCGAUUAUAUUCCAUACGAGUUCGCCAGGAAACCACGAAGUUUCAAAGAUAUUAAAUUCUUUAAAGCCACAGAAUGGAGACAAAUCUUGUUAUACAUUGGUAUAAUUGUUUUGAAAGAUAAUGUAUCUCCUGCUAUCUACAACCAUUUUGUAGUUCUACACGUUGCUAUAAGUAUAUUCAGUAAUCCAUUGAUGUGUAAAUAUAAUUCUUGGAUCGAUUAUGGUGAAAAAUUGCUGUGUAUGUUUGUUCCUACAUUUCAAAAGCUUUAUGGUCGCCGUUAUGUAUCUCAUAAUGUGCAUGGUUUGUAUCACUUAGCUAAUGACGUACGAAGAUACGGAGAAUUGGAUACAUUUUCAGCCUUCAGGUUUGAAAACUUUAUUGGACGAAUAAAAAAUCUAAUCCGCAAUGGGAAUCGGCCCUUACAACAAAUAUCGCGCAGAAUAACUGAAAUCGAAAAUCGAAAGAGUAAAGAAUUUUACAUGUGCAAUGACAAUAUUCCGAUUUUUAAACAACAACAUCAUACAGGUCCUGUAGCAGACCAACCUACAGAUGUAUUACAGUACAAAGUUGGGAUAUUCGACACAUUCAAGAUAAAUUGUGAUGAUGAUAAAAACAGCUACGUCUAUGUCAAUCAUCAGCACGUAGUUAAAGUUUUGAAUAUUGUAUGCAACAACAAAGAUUACUGCAUCGUUGGAAAGAAAUUGGAUAUUCUAGGGCCUGUAUAUACGCAGCCUCUGUCUUCUAGUCAACUAGGAAUUAAUGUUGUACAGAAAAACGACAGCGCGUCUCCUGAAUGUUGGAAAAUUGAUGAUAUUACAGCCAAAGUGUUAAUAUUACCAUACAAGCAAGUUAAAGUAGUUUUUCCGAUUCUACACACACUACGCAAUAAAAAGGAAUAAAAUUUCUUUGACUGUUACAGUGAUUUGAUUGUAUAAAGCUGCUGCUAUUUGUAAAAUCAUACCGCGCGACUUAUAGAGAAAAACAUCCGCGUUCUUGUACUUGUAUUAUAAUUAAUCUCGAUGAAUAUGAAAAAAAAUCAGUCAUACAUCGCUGUACUUGUAUUAUAAUUAAAUUUAAGAUCUUAAAGAUUGUCAAUGACGGCUGUAUAAAUAUAUCGAAAUAUCGGAUUCGUAAUACAUAUUAUAAUUGAACUACUGCGUGAUAAGAAAAAAAAACAAAUUUGUUUUGACCGUAUCUGACUGUGUUGGAAUAUUUUCGUACAGGAGGCGAUCAAAAUGUUUUAUUCUUCCGUUGAACGAGUUUGAAAAAAAACUUUGUUUUCAAUGUUUACGAUGGUGGGUUUCAAUAAUAUAAAAUAAUGAAUGUGUUUUCAACAAAAUUUAGCUUUUAAUUGCCGUGUUUUUUCAUUACAAGCUGAACAAAAAAAUCUUUAGUAGUUUAUUUGCGGCCGCGGAUUUUUUUUCAAACUGUUCGGCCAAUAAUCAUGAAAAAAAAGUCCGAUUAAAAUUGAAUUCUUCUUACAUAUAAGAUGAUUAUAAAAAUAGUUUCACUUUAUAGAUGACACAUUCCUUCAAAUUAGCUCUACAUUCAUGCUUGACAAAAAAAUUAUUGUACUUUUUACUUGAAAAAAAAACACGUUCGAGAGAAACUAUGUGUUUUUUUCCUAUAAUGGUCAAUAUUAUUUCGUAGAUAUUUUGAUUUUGAAACGUUUUUUUUUUGUAAAAAAAGUACCACCCUAUCCGAAAAAAAUAUAAAAUACUAAAAAAGGUGUAUCUCAUCUCGAUGAAUAUGAAAAAAAAAAUUUGUUUCACACCGCUGCGUUGACAAAAAAAAAUCGACGAACGUAUAUCAGACUCAAUGUGAUUUUUUGCGUAAGAAAUCCAAGUGCAUAAAGCCACUUUGCGCAAUUUUAAUUUUGUGUAGAGCUUAAUAUAAUGAAAAAGCGUAACCAAAAAAAAAAGCCUAAGAUUGUUGCCUUGCGAGAUUAAUGAAAAUGUUGAUAUUAAGAAUAAGACGAUAUUAUCAAAUUGUUCUGCUUUGUACGUAUUAUUAAGAUUAUAAGUUGUUUGUAAACUAAAUAAUGUAACAUUUUGUUCAUCGAAAAAUAAA